UGAUGGUAUACGGAAUCGUUCUCAUUGUUCGCUCUCGUGUCUCUCACUCGCGGAACUUGUCACUUAUGUUAUGGUGAAGAGUCGGAAACUUUUACCGCUGACGGCCACCUUCCACAUCGCUCACAUACUCUCUAUAGCGAAGAGUAUUCCACGUCACUACUAUCUAUAGUAAACAUUACUAUAUCUUGUGCCGUCUGCCUGGUGGAUGGGUGUAGCUGGUGAGGCCUCGUGUCGGUGGAAUAAAGUGUUCUCAUCGGAAACUGAGUUGCUGCAUCAACAAAAACUCACUUACAUGGACCGUAGCCGGGAAGUACAUGAUAAUUGCCCGUUCUAGACGCAGUAACAUUUGGCAUCAUGGUGACGAGGUAUACAAUAGACCAGAUACUGUCUUACGCCCACACCACGCCUACAUUCCCUUACAACACAACGUCGUCGUCGCCACCAACAGGCACCCCACCCUCCUCCACCCCUACACCUAGACUCUCGAGAGAGUCCCCGCCACCAGCUGACAGGGAGGACAAUAAAAGCAUAGAGGUCACAAAGAAAGAUGAUAUCCACAAGUGCUUAACACCCAUGGGUGUUAAGCACUUGGAAGACGCGGAGAGUCCCACGGAGAGUCCCACGGAGAGUCCCACGGAGAAGGAGGCUGGUGAAGGGACAAAAGAGAUGGACAUCUUGGAAGAAGAUAUUAGUCGCCCGACCCUGGCCAGACCCGUGGCCCUACGAAUCCCGCAGAGACCCAACAUGACGCUCCACGAGAGGCCGACACUGGAGACCACCGCCGGGGACCCCAGAACGGGGCUGAGGCCGGAGGUACAGUACGGUGGUGCAGGUUAUGAUGUGAUGAGCGGCCUGGGUGUGGGCGGCGGGGUGUACGGGCUGAUGCUACGACAGUACAUGGAGGCUCAUUAUCGUGGCCUAGCUAACUCUGGCACCUACCUGCCGCUCCCCUAUCCCGUCCUAGACCCAGGUCUCGCUUACCCGCUGGUGGGACGGUCACGGCGACGCGGAGGACAAGUGAGGUUCACCUGUGACCAAACUAGCCAACUGGAGGCGUGGUUCUCCCGCCACAAGUACAUCACCCCGCCACAGAGGAAGACCAUAGCCAGGGACCUCAACCUCCAGGAGCGUCAGGUGAAGACGUGGUUUCAGAACAGACGGGCCAAGUGGAGGAAGGUGCAAGCCCAGAAUGGUGAGGGAGCUCCUCCAGAGAACACCUCUUCUCCCGCCACUUCACAUGACGGCAGCGAAGACGACCCCAUGGAGGAAGACCACCUGGAGGAAGGUACUGACAGAAACAACCACAGUGAUAGCACCCACCAGGGCGGGAAGACGGAGGCAAGCAACAACAACAACAACACGAAGGAACAAAACAAGAAAUCAAUCCCAUGGGAAAAAACAAACACAAAGAACAAGUAGAUGAAUACUCGCUUUAAGAGAACAAAUUAUAGAUGGAUAGCUGGGAAACCUUUUACAAAAUUCUAAAUAAAGUUAAAACAUAAAACUAAAGUAUGAAUUCGAGAAGAAGAGAAAAUAAUGUUAUGUUGAUCACACCUAACGUUCUUGUGUUUACAAAUGAUGUGUUAUGGGUAACUAUUUGAUUUGGCUACGAAUAUAUGUUAAUAUUUACAUAUACUGUGAGUCAUACAUUCCUAGACAUACACAGUACUUAUAAAGAGAAAAUAUUAAUACAUAACAAACAUAUAUGCAUGAAAAUAUACGUAGAUUAAAUACAAACAGUAUAUACAAACGUGAGCGGUAAUAUUUUUUAAAACAAGGAAAAGUUUCUAAGUCCGCUUUAAAUCCAAGUUCAGUUCAAGAACCUAUAAUAUUCACAUCGAGAUCAUUUUAAGAAGUUUAGUCUUUUAUGGAGUACGAAAGGAAUAAGCAAAAAUGGAAGACGUUUGGCUGGAACAGAGAUUUUGGCUAACAUGCUAAAAGUAUCCAACAAUCACAGAAGAGGUUCGUUACUAGGCUAUAAUAUUUUAUAUCUACAUACAUUGGGAAUAUACAAAUGCAUUAGACCUUAUAUAAAUAUUUCUUGUGGUGGUCAGAAACUUCCACCUUCAAGGCACAUAACAGAUAUACAAGUGAUGGAAAAAAUGGUGCAUUGAAUCGAAUUGGCAAGAGGCAGGAAAUUUGUCAAUGUAACAGUGCCGCUAUCUUGCCGUCUAUGCUAAUAUAAAGUUGUUGCUUAAUUUGUAUAUAGUCUGUGAUCAAUGAAGCAUGAGGGUGACAGCAGCCUGGACGUUAUCUUUCAUAGUCUUAUUGUUGGUAGAAGUUCAAGGACAUAUAACUAUAUUUGAAGUAGUAGUUGUAUCGAUUCUUAAAUACAAAAUUACAUGUGUUAUUCUCAGUGCCGGAUUUAGACCUGUGGAGGCCCAUGGACAGCCUCUUUGUGGAGGCCCCCCUCAUUAUAAGUACCUAAGA